AUGUCAUAUCCAAACCAGUGGUCAAGCAACACCAUGAUUCCUCCUGGGACAAAUAUCUCAGCUCAGAGUGAGACACUUCAAAACACCGCUAUUUUCAAUCCUUUUCAACCCAACACCUCACUUCGACAGCCUUCCUUGCAAGUGCAACUUAAUCAAGCCCAAAACCCAACAGGAUUUUGUCCACCUGGUGCUUUUUCUUUUCUUUACCCGCCUUUCAUGGCGGCCGCUCUAGCAGCACAAUCAAACACUGCUGCUGUGCAGUCUGGGCAGGGUCCUCGUUUUGGUAUUCCUCAGCCCUCCCCUGGUGCUAAUGCUGCCGCAGCAGCUUUGAGGGGACCAGCACUUCUGACUGCUCCUACUGGUAUUCAAGGUACAGUUACUCCUCAGCAACCUCAAGGUGCCCCUGGAGCUUUGUAUUUCCCUGGAAUACACCUCGCUCCGGCCUUUCCCGGUGCCCCUACAGCUCCAUCAUUUCCUCAUGGGGCUCCACUCUCUCAACAACAUAGUGGAAGUUUUCUUUCGUCAUCUCUUCGUAACUACGAGCCGUUGAAACACUUUGGAGGUCCAGGUCCAAUUCUAAAUCACAAGAAAAACAAGUCGAUGACGACAUCGAAAACAAAUUUGUACAUAACAGGUUUGUCAGAAUCCGACACAGAUGAGACUGUAAGAGCUCUUGUUGAGGAUGUUGUUCAUCCCAAGUCCUGUAAAGCUAUGCUGCUUAAUGGAAAAUGUAAAGGCUCUGGUUUCAUCGACUGCGUGACUGCUGAGGAUGCCGUUAAGGCCUUGAACCACUUAACAGAAAUAUCGAGAAACGGUGGCCGGCAGUUGGUGGUUAAAUAUGCUCUUGAAAAUGAGAAAGAUUCUUACAAUAUUUAUGUGAGAAAUCUACCCAAGACGAACUUCUCUAAGGAUGCUCUUAUGAGCCUCUUUACUCCUUACGGUCAGGUGACUUCGGUCAAACUACUUGAAACUGAAGGAGUUUUUACGGGCAUUGGAUUUGUACGGUUUGCUUCAGCAGAACAGGCUCGUCAUGCAGUGGAAAGCGUAAACGAGAAGCGCUAUAUUCUUUGUGAGCCUGAUGUGGCCAACGGCAAUGUUACUAUGAAGCCAGUAACCUGCAAAUUGGCUGACAAAGCGGAUCCAAAACGGCGUGCUGCAGCCGUUGCGGCCGCGGCAGCUACUGCCAUGUCCGGAGGAAACAUUCCUCCGACUGCCGCUUCACCUUCCGCGUGCCGGCAAAACAAGUUACACAACUCUCGUCCACAUGGUGUCCACGGUGGACAUCCUCAGCAGCAGCAAAUUUUGUCGCAGGCAUCUCAGGGCGCUUUUGAUAUGCAUUUACAAGGACAACAAGUAGCUGCUGCUGCAGCGGCUCAGAAUCAACAAGCUCAGAAUAUGGCGAAUGCACUAGCCACUCUUAAUCAGAAUCACCAAAUUCCGCCUGGAUUGAUCUAUCAAACCGGCAUGGUUCAAGAUGCGGCAACGAAUAUGUUUGCAGCAGCAGUAGCAGGAGGUUAUCUUCCCCCUACACCGGCACCAAAUGGACUACGUGGAGCAAUUCCGAAUCUCCUCCAGUCGCCUCCACGCCUGGCUACGGCUCCAAAUGAUACUGGUUCGAAUCUACCCGCUGGUGGCACCACUCCUUGUACAACCAAUUCCUCAAACUCUACAGGCCUACUUGAAAUGCCAAGCCAAUCAUCACCUGGUGGCGAUCAAUCUCAACAACAGGCAGUUUCACAACAGCAGCUACUCCAACAGCAACAAGUUGCCGCUGUGAAUGGACAUUCACCGUCCCCUGCUGUGGAUUCACGAUAUGCUCAUAUGGCUGCUGCUUUUGCUGCCGCUAAUAAUGCCAUGAUUUACCCCCCAUCCAGUCACCAGUUCCCUCGGGUCUCUUCCCAGCAACCAUUAGUGCAGUCGACUUAUUCAAUUGCAAAUCCCCACCAAACUCAACAAAAUCCCUACGCCCAACCGCCGAAUGCUGUAGAUCUCAUGGCGGAACAAUUGCAAUCACUUUCUUUAGGUGGUGGUGGUAGACAACCACAGGCUGGUCAACCUGGAGGUCAACAACCGGCUGCCUUUUAUCCAGCUGAUUGGCAGGCUGCUGCAAUGGCUGCUGCAGCUGGGUUCCAAACUGGUCUCCCUACUACCGGCUCAUAUCAGCCAGUAACUUCUGGGUCCGAUGCUGCCUAUGUGGAUCAAACGCUUGCUCUACUGAACAGCUAUGUUGCACCUCAGCUUCUCCAAACGCAGCAACCUCCCGUUGCAUCCACUCAUUCACCACCCGCAACAGCUACUCAGCAGGUGGGUGAGGGAUUGGGCAACGAAGAGGUAGAAAAGGAGCCCACAACUAAAUCCGAAAUUGAAAGUGCGACCAAGGAGGAACUGAAAAAAACUGCAGGAGGGAAAGUUGGAGGGGAGGAAGGAGGCAUGGGUAGUGCUGAAGAAGAAAAGCAGCAGUCUUCACCUUCUUCGUCUUGA